ACUUACUUCUUCAUUGACCUAACCUACAAAUUAUACAUAAAUAACAUCUUGUUCGUAGUUUCUUGUUUAAAAGCAAUCAUAAUGAAGAAUAAAAGUAAUAUAUUGGACUUAUUUGAAAAUACCCGGUUAAAUCGAACAUACGUAAAAGUAUCUGCACCCAUGGUUAGAUACAGCAAAAUUCAUUUUAGAACACUUGUGAAGAAUUAUGGUGUUGACCUUACUUUCAGUCCUAUGAUCAUGGCUGACUCAUUCUGUCAGAAUGCUAAAGCUCGGGCCAGUGAAUUUUCCACCACAGUCAAUGACAGCCCACUAAUUGUUCAAUUUGCCGCUAAUACUACAGGUGAUUUUUUGGAUGCAUCAAAAUUAGUGUAUCCAUAUGCUGAUGGCAUUGAUUUGAAUUGUGGCUGUCCUCAAAAAUGGGCUAUGAAAGAUGGUUAUGGAUGUGCAUUAUUAUCUAAUACACAGACAAUUUAUGACUUAAUGAAAGGUAUAAGAAACUGUCUCCCGAAUGAUUUUACUGUAUCAGUAAAAAUAAGGAUAUUGAAAGAAUUAAAAAGGUCAAUUGAAAUGUGUCAGCAAUUAGAAAAAUGUGGAGUUAGUUUUAUAACAGUCCAUGGUAGAACUCCUCAACAAAAGAGUAGUGAGGACAUUGAUAUAGAUGCUCUGCAUCAAGUAUGUCAGUCUAUAAAAAUACCAAUUGUUGCUAAUGGUGGAGUUAAAACAUUGCUGGAUGCAGAUAAUUUAUAUGGUACAUUAAAAUGUAAUGGAGUGAUGGCAGCAAGUGCACUCCUUACAAAUCCAGCUUUGUUUAGUGGUGCAAAUGUUACACCAUUGAGUUGUAUUAAACUAUGGAUGUUGAUGAAAGAUAAGGACCCCAAUAUUUCCUUUCAAUGUUACCAUCACCACUUAGUAUUUAUGCUUGAGAAAGUAUUAACAAAGCAACAAAAAAAUAUAUUUAAUCACCUCAGUAGUUUUGAAGCAGUUGAUGAUUAUUUAAUUAGUAAUAUUUUAAAUUGCUAUACAAGUCCAAUAGAAUUUGAAUAUAAUUUAGAUGAAUUUAUAUCUUGUGAGUAUGCUGAUGAAAUAACAUUGAAGCAUGUUAGUAAAUGUAGACGAUGUGGUAAAAGUAUUCAUUAUUGUUUAUGUAUGAAGUAUGAUUGUAAUAAUACAGAAGGAAAAUAUUUUUCUUCCUAUGUUAAUGACAUUGCACUAUGUGAUUACACUGGUUUUGAUAUAUUUGAUGAAACUGGUUAACAAUAUUGUUUGAUGUUGCAAACUCAACUAACUUUACUUUAAAAAAGUAAUAUAAUGAUAUAAUAAAAGUUUAUC